AUGAAAUCAUGUUAAAGUGUUUUAAUGCUUGAUACUUCGUAGAUUUUUUGUAAAUCAUAGAUAUAUCUAUUCUAAGACAUUAUUUUAUAAUUAUACAUGUUUUAUGGAGCUUAGAUUAAAAAUGAGUUGUUAUAGCUCUAAUUUGAAGUGUAUUCACAGAGUUCAAUCUUUACUGUUUGAACUUGUAAAAAUCUCAUUUUGUUACAAUUUAUAAUCACCCAUACAUACAUUUUUACACACCACAGUACCCAUAUAUCUAUAUAACACUAAAUUGAACUAUAUGUCUCUUGAAAUAAUAGAAUUCAAUCUUCACGGUUUGAGCUUGUAACUUCAAAUGUUGGUAAAGUUUAUAAUCGGCAAUAACAUGUACAGUUAAAGCUGCAUUGUAUCAGCUUAAAACAUAGAUUCCACAAAAAGUAACCUGUCAACAAUGUGUGAUUCUGCAUAAAUCAAUUUAGUGUUUUACCUUUAUCACUGAUGAUAUGCACAACUCUUUUUCUCAUGUAUUGUUCACUCUCUGUAAGUGUCACCAUUUGAUCUUUCCCCCCUAGCAGAUCUGCCAAACGAUGGAGUUGCUUAAGAUAUGCAAAAUAAGCUACUUUCAAUGAGUAGAAGGUAUAAAUCCCUCAACCAUCUAAAGCUUAAACAGUAAUUUACACAAAGCUCCAAAUUAAACUAUUUGAAAUAUUUAUGUUUUUAAGAAUUGAACCUAUACUAUUAUAUUUAAGAAAACAUAUCUACGGUUUGAAACAUGCAUCCACUUCAUUUUAAUAACCUAAAUUCUACUUUUCACAGUUAUUUUCCAAAAAAAUGUCUAAUUAACAUUUAUUAGCGAAAGUGACUUUCCAUUAUUUCUUAAAUAUAUCUAGCGUGCAAUUUGUGUUUUAUAUUCAUACACAUGCAUUAUUAUUUUUACUUUUUAUGCAAUUAUAAUUACAUAAAAAGUUUCCUUUUUACCCUUGGUUACUCGCUUCUUACAGACCCAUACUUAUAUUAUAUACUCAAAAAGUGAAUCUAUAUUUCUUCUCUCAAAAGAUGCCUGAAAGUGAAUCUGUGUUUUUUAAUUGAAAGCUAAUAGAAACCUAUAUACCUACAUACAUCAAACAAAAACUAUAGAUUUAAACAUGCAUCCUUUUCAUUUUAAUAAUACUAAAUUUUACUUUUCAUAGGUAAUAGUUGUAAUAAAUGUCUUUUUUAUCCUUUCGAAAAAGACUCAUUAUCAUUCACUUGAGCAUAGCGACUUGCCACUUUUUCUUAAACAUUUUAAAUCCAAUCUGUGUUGCUUAUACUUGCAAACAAUAUUAUUUCAAGUUGCUUACCCGCUUCAUACAGAACUAAUUCUGAUAUUACAAAUACAUACCUAUUUUUAAGCAUACAAAUCUUGGAUACAAUCAUGCCUUCUCAUAACACUUACUUGAUAAUGACACAUUGACAGUUCUCCAUCUUGAAGUAGCUUAAAGUAGCUUGAUGAAGGUUCCGUGUGCUCUUUGCUCGUUAUAUAUACUACUCCGUAUAUACAUAUAUAUGGUCUUAUACUCUUAUCCUGCACCAAGACAAUAAAUACCGAGUAUGUGGUAUUGGUAAUUUCAAUAGUCAUUUUGAAGAUCACUCCAAUUUAUUACGGAUAUUAUUCUCUUUUGUAAAAAUUGUGUUUUAGUGGGAUUCUAUAAGUCACUUCAAUUAUUAUUCUACAAAUUGUACUCCGUAUAUACUAUAUAGUUGGGAAUUUAAAAAGUUACUUCAAUUAUUGCUCUAGCAUUUAUUAUUCCUCUACUCAAUAAAGCUUUUUUAGUAUUCUGUGCGGUUGUCUUCUAAUACCUUUUAGGAGUGCUAACGUAGAAUUGCUUUAAAGAUGGUGCACUAUCCCGCCCAAAAUCCCGCCAAAACUCCCCCACACUUUUCUAUUUUACUAUAUAAUAUAGAUUUCUGCCUCACCCAGUCACGUACCCCGCCCCAGCCCCGCGCCCCACCCGCUUUGCGGCCUGGUAGUUCUUCUCACUUCUCAGCUUCUCGGAGUUUUGGCUGCCAUCUGCAGUUCAGCUCAUCGGCUCAACAACCCCAGCGGCCUAGUAGGUUUUCAUUUGCCAAUCCUGAAACCAUAAAAGCUGCCUUGAAAACCUAUUUGGAAGAACGAUUUAGAAACAUACAAUAAAACUUCUAAUGGAAAGCAGCAAUGGAAGUACAACUGGAGGCAGAGAGUGGAUGGCUGAGGAUGCCAUUGCUGGAAAUGCAGAGGCGGUCCGUGCUCUUCGGGAACUCAUUAUGUAUCCACUCCUGUAUUCUCAAGAGUCUCAAAAGAUUGGCCUCAAAUGGCCUCGUGGCUUGUUGCUCUAUGGUCCACCUGGUACUGGAAAGACAAGUUUGGUUAGAGCAGUUGUUCAAGAAUGUGGAGCACAUUUGACUGUUAUUAGCCCACACAGUGUCCAUAGAGCACAUACUGGAGAAAGCGAGAGAGUUUUGCGGGAAGCAUUUGCAAAAGCAUCGUCUCAUGCAAACCUUGGGAAGCCAUCUGUUAUCUUCAUAGACGAAAUUGAUGUACUAUGCCCUCGUCGUGAUUCUAGGAAGAAAUCUUAUAAAAAUUCACCAGAGUUUUGGAAAGGCACUAUUUUCCGUCAAUGGAUCCCAUCAAAAAGAAAAAUACUUGGAAAUCCAAAAUUUCCUAAACGUUAUUAUUUUGGGAAACAAGCUUUCCAAUUUUUCUUAAUUAUUGAAACACCGCUCAAACUGGAAUUUGAAGUUCUGGAGUUUUUGAUACGCUUUCCAGUUUGCGGAGCGGGGAAGCAUGAGCCAUUGGAAGUUUCCGUGCUUCAUAGAUUAUUGCACUUGCACAUAAUACUUUCAUAUUCAUAUUUCAUUCAACAUACUUGGUGAGUUUGCUAUCGCAGAAGAGAACAAGAUGUACGUGUAGCUUCUCAGCUCUUUAUGUUGAUGGACUCUAAUAAGUCCGUUUCAACAUCUGGAUUACAUGUUGUUGUAGUGGCAUCAACUAAUAGGGUUGACACACUCGACCCGGCUCUAAGAAGAUCUGGGCGUUUUGAUGCUGAGAUUGAAGUCACAACCCCUAAUGAAGAUGAACGCUUUCAUAUCCUCAAUCUUUACACUAAGAAGCUUCCAUUAGACCCCAGUGUUGACCUGCAGUCAAUCGCUGCCUCUUGUAAUGGCUAUGUUGGGGCAGAUUUAGAAGCUUUAUGCCGCGAAGCUACUACGUCUGCUGUCAGACAAUCUUCAGAAUUAGAUCAAGUAGAUUGCUCUUUGAACAUAACAGUGGAUGACUGGAGGCAUGCCAAAUCUAUUGUUGGUCCUAGUAUAACAAGAGGUGUAGUUGUGGAAAUUCCAAAGGUUUCUUGGGAGGAUAUUGGAGGACUACAAGGCAUAAAGAAAAAGCUACAGCAAGCUGUAGAGUGGCCGUUAAGGCAUUCUGAAGCAUUUGCGCGGUUGGGAGUAUCACCUCUUCAUGGCAUCCUUCUUCAUGGACCUCCAGGGUGCUCUAAAACCACCCUUGCAAAAGCUGCUGCUCAUGCUGCACAGGCUUCCUUUUUUUCGUUGAGAAUUGUAUUCGAUGUAUGUCGGUGAAGGUGAAGCUUUGUUGCGCAAUACAUUUCGAAGAGCUCGACUUGCAGCACCAAGCAUUAUUUUCUUUGAUGAAGCUGAUGUCAUUGCUGCCAAACGUGGUGGAAGUUCUAGCGGAAGCAGCCUUGUUGGGGAGAGACUUCUGUCUACUCUUUUGACUGAAAUGGAUGGCCUGGAGCAAAUGAAGGGGAUUCUUGUUUUAGCUGCAACCAAUCGCCCUCAGGCAAUUGAUGCUGCACUUAUGCGACCUGGGCGCUUCGAUCUGGUUCUCUAUGUGCCGCCACCAGAUUUAGAAGCUCGAUGUGAGAUCCUUCGUGUGCAUACACGUAACAUGAAGUUAGAUGCCGAUGUUGACAUUAGGCAAGUAGCUGAGAAUACGGAUCUCUACACAGGGGCAGAGUUGGAAGGGCUGUGCAGAGAAGCCGGAAUUGUUGCUUUAAGAGAAGAUAUUUCAGCCACUGUUGUGUGUGAUCGACACUUCCAAACCGUCAGGCAGUCACUAAAGCCAGCGCUCACCCAGGGAGAAAUUGAAUCAUAUUCCUCCUUUAUGAAGAAGGAGAAGGAGAAGAACCCAUCUCUCUGUUCUUCUAGUACACUUGAAUCCUCCAGCUACAAUCAGAGCAGCAAGACAAGUCGGCAUCUUUUGAUGAGUCCUGCUCUUAGAAUCUGUAUUUUUAGUGUAGUUUUGUAUGCUGCUGCAAUUUAUGCGUUCACACCGGCCGUUCUAUUGUCUAAAGAACUAAGAAGUACUUAGAAUUUCAUUGUGUUUGUGUUGCUUAGUUCUGAACAAAUAUUAUGUACGGUACUAUAUUAUAUCUAAAAAAGGUAAAUCAUUCGUUUCAGU